GUGUGUGUGUGUACUAUUAUUCCCUUCUGUGUGUGUCUCUUCUCUCCCCCCCCCCCCAUUCCCCAUCCAUUUCCAUCCUCUCCUGGUGGUGGGCGAAAACGCGUUCAAAAACAAGAGAUGGGAGAGAGAGAAAGGAAAAAACUUGAAAACUGGCCGUCGGGAGAGACGGAACGCUCAGUACUCGGCUUGGUUCGGAUGCGGGAAGAUCCCACGUCUUUUGGUCGAUGGAGAGAGACAGACUCUCCACCUACUCUUGUGCUAGUCGCUCUUCCGUCAGAUGGUGAACUUGAUUAUUCAACUCGAUCUUCUACAUUACAUAUUACUAACCGUCCUGCAUCCAUGUAGUGCCGUCACGAAAUUUUUUUUUAUUGAACAAUUUUUUUUUUUUUUUUUUUUUUUUUGUGGCAAACGGAUUGUGUCGUGUUGUGUGUUCCCCUUGACUGCGACUCUUCAUGGAGAAAUUGAUUGAUGAGUGAAUUUGAAAUUUCGCGCUCUCUUUGCCGUUUUGAAUUUAGCAUUUUUGAACGUCAAACGGCCGGAAAGAGGGGAGAGAGAGAGAGAGGGGGAAGGAAGCGAUUGCAGUAAGCGAUUGCAGUAAGCAAAGGAUUUUGCUGAAGAUUUCUUUUUAUUAUUAUUAUUUCGAAAAAAGAAAAACAAACUCGGGGUGGUGGUUUUGCGGGUUUUCCAGUUGGAAGUUUUCAUCAGAUCUGUGCGACUGCGUUGGCUUCCGUCAUCAUCAUGUCCGCGUCGCUGUUUGCCGUCAAGUCUGGAACCUAUUCCUGCCGUUGCCGUCGUUCCUGCCACGGUCCGUUGGUCGUUCAACAGCGUCGACCGACAUUGUCCCUUAUUUGCCACUAAUUUCCCCAGUUGUCGUCGUCGUCGUCGUCAACUCUUUUCUAUUCUGUCCUGAUUUUUGUACCCCGGAAUUAUUCCGACGUCGAGUCGGUGACAACUUGUGCGUUGUGCCGUGUACACUAACAACCCCGGAACCCCCCCCCCCCCCCAAACCGUGCAGUGUCUUCUGGGAAGUGCAACCACCGUCGACUCCAGCAAACAUCGAACGCGGUGACCGAUUGAUUGAACUUUCCGGUCACGUUGUUAUCAUAUAGUGCACGGUUGAAAUGCCCGUCAGACGAGGACAUGUUGCCCCGCAGAACAGUUACAUCGAGACCAUCAUCCGCAAAUUCGAUGAGCUCAAUCGGAGCUUUGUGGUGGCCAACGCGCUGGCCGACGGCGGGCCCAUCAUCUACUGCAAUGAGCGCUUCUGCCAAAUGGUCGGGUUCAGCCGGGCCGAGAUUAUGCAGAAACCGGCCGUCACCGAGUUCUUACACGGACCGCUCACUUCGGCCGACAGUAUCAACCAGGUUCGAGACGUCCUAUCCAGUGCCGAAGAGAAGCAGAUCGAUAUUCUCUACUACAAGAAAGAUGGCACCAAGUUCAUGUGCAGCCAAGUCAUCGCACCAAUCAAAAACGAGGCGGGUGAAGUCUGCAUGUACAUCCUUAACUUCGAAGACUGCGACGCCUUGCCGGAUGCACCUAACAGUGCCGAGCAUUCGACGACGGUUCGCUUCAGCAAAUUCGAUCGAGCACGGCAAUCGUUCCGACAGUCGUUCCGGAUGACGUCGAUGCGUCGCAGUCGUCGCAACCAGCAGUCCUCAUCGGGGCUCUCGAGUCCGCCGAUCGACGACAGUGCCUGUUCGUCAGCUUCGUCUACUCAGGAUCCUGAAGGCCGGCUUGUCUCCAGCUCCAAGUUGGAGAGCCCAAAAGAGGAAGAAGAGAACCCUUUCUCUUCGGAUGUCUUGUUAUCAACGGUGUGCGAAGUCAACGAGAAAAUCCUUCCUGCCAUCACUCUGAAGCAGCGCCGAUCCGGACGUGAUGAAACGGAAGAGGAACAGAAUAAAGGCAAAAGAAGGUAUCCGGUUAAUCAGAAUACUGCGGCAGUCCAGGAGGACGAAGAAGUCAAUUCUCCGGAACUGGACUUGUGCGUCCUUCAGCCGCUGGAAUUCGAUGCAUCCAUGAUGGACGGUCAGCAAUGCUUGGCGCUCCACCACCGACGGCGAUUCAGCCGUCAACGAGGUUCCAUCUCUUUGGACGAAUCGGUGUUGAUUACGUCCCGGCUCAACGCACCUCUUAUUCAAAUCAUACCGGAUGGGUCACCAACGAGGCCAUCUAGCGAUCGUGACAUGAACGGCUUGGAAGGAGAGAACCGUCCGACGGGUUCAGGAGCAGCGGAACAUUCAAAUAGCGUCGACCUGUCACCGCACAGCCAACGGCAUCUGUUUUAUACCAACGAGAGCAAAAGAGGCUAUUCACCAGCUCAACCGGUGCCGAGACAUCCGGGUGAUCAGCAGUGCCGUAACAGCCUGCCAAGGGUCUCACUCACCUCUCUAGGACGCGCCUUUACGCCAAGAAGUAGCUGGAACGGCAGUAAAGCCGCCUUAUUGCAGCUGCAGCGCAAAUCUAGUCGAACGGAUGGCGGAGUUCCUGGAUACCUGGCCAAAAAAUAUCAUUUGACGAAUGCAAGCGAUCGUUCAGCAAAAGACCAGCAUCAAAGCAACGCCAUAUCACUGCGGCCAACCUCGUCCCUGGACGCUCUGAGUCGGCACAGGAUUUCCGAAGUGACUAGCCCUUGGCCGUUUCACGGUCUCAGUUCAAUCAACACUUCGCGAUCUCAGAUAAGCAAGAGCGUUCCGAAUGCAAGUUCAGAUUCCGAUCUGACACGCUACAGAACUUUACUGGCCGAUCGAAAUACACAAAGGGGUGGUGAACGCAAAUCGCCAUCGCUUAGUGUUGCCACCACCGCGGUUGAAGCCGCUAAAAUCAAGAAUGCCAUCCAUCCUCAGAAGAUGGGAGAAAAAGUUGCUCAAGUUCUUUCGCUGGGCGCCGAUGUGCUUCCCGAGUACAAGUUGCAGUCGCCACGCAUCCACAAAUGGACAAUCCUGCAUUACUCACCCUUCAAAGCCGUCUGGGACUGGAUUGUCUUAUUGUUGGUUAUCUACACGGCCAUCUUUACGCCUUAUGUUGCCGCUUUCCUCCUCAACGAGUACGAUUUUAGCAGCAAGAAGAGCAAGGGGUACGGAGACGAUCCGAUCGUCAUCAUCGACCUCUUGGUGGACGUCAUGUUCAUCAUCGACAUCCUCAUCAAUUUUCGGACGACAUUCGUCAACAACAACGACGAGGUGGUGUCUCAUCCGGGCAAGAUCGCCGUCCACUAUUUUCGCGGCUGGUUCCUAAUCGACCUUGUGGCCGCCAUUCCUUUCGAUCUACUGCUCUUUGGUUCCGACACGGAUGAGCAGACGACAACGCUCAUUGGCCUGCUGAAAACAGCCCGGUUGCUUCGGCUGGUCCGAGUAGCCCGGAAGAUCGACCGUUAUUCCGAAUACGGCGCGGCUGUGUUGUUGCUCCUCAUGGCCACUUUCGCUCUCAUCGCUCAUUGGCUGGCCUGCAUCUGGUUUGCUAUCGGAAAUGCAGAGCGGCCGCUUUUGCGAGCCAAAAUUGGGUGGCUGGAUCAUUUAGCCAAUGCCACGCAUCAAUUCUAUACCGCCAAUAAUACUGGAGGGCCAGGAAUCAAGUCGCGCUACGUGACGGCCCUCUACUUCACCUUCAGCAGUUUGACUUCGGUGGGUUUUGGUAACGUCUCACCUACAACAGACUGCGAAAAGAUCUUCACCAUCUGCGUCAUGCUGGUUGGAUCGUUGAUGUACGCCAGUAUCUUUGGAAACGUCAGCGCCAUUAUCCAGCGGCUUUACUCCGGCACGGCUCGCUACCACACUCAGAUGUUGCGGGUCAAGGAGUUUAUCAGAUUUCACCAAGUGCCCAAUCCUCUUCGUCAACGGCUCGAAGAAUAUUUCCAGCACGCGUGGACGUACACAAACGGCAUCGACUUGAAUUUAGUCCUCAAGGGCUUUCCUGAAGGACUUCAAGCCGAUAUGUGCCUCCAUCUCAACCGACACUUGCUCAACGACUGUCCGGCCUUUCAAGGUGCUUCGCCCGGCUGCCUCAGAGCAUUGUCAAUGAAAUUCAAGACAACUCACGCUCCGCCCGGCGACACGUUGGUCCACCGUGGCGAUGUCCUCAGUUCGUUGCACUUCAUUUCACGUGGCUCCAUCGAAAUUUUAAAAGAUGACAUUGUCAUGGCCAUUCUCGGAAAAGACGACAUCUUCGGCGAAAAUCCUUGCAUUUACCCAACCAUUGGCAAGUCGUCUUGCAACAUUCGAGCGCUUACCUAUUGUGACCUGCACAAAAUCAGUCGCGACGAUUUGUUGGAUGUACUGGAACUAUAUCCGGAAUUCGCCGAGUCUUUCUCCGCCAAUUUGGAGCUCACCUUCAUUUUGAGAGACGAGGAGUCGGUGGGUUUGAAUCCAGUGCGGAGGCAUCAACGCCUCUCCGGUUCGGCAUCCCAAGAGCACGAGGGAGAUGUCCGGAAGCACGCUUUUCGACCCCCACGAUUCCGCAAGUCACAAAGGAACAGGUGCUCCGAACGAGAAGAUGAUAAUGUUGAUAACUACGACGAGGAUGAUGAGGAUCGCGAAGAAUCCUCAACUGUUGCAAAAAAUAGCACAGAUUUCGGCAACUCAACGGCCGCUAUAGUGUCACAGGGAAUUCAGCCGUCCACUGAUGUUGGUGGUACAGGCAGUGUCGCGGAAUGUUCGACACAAAAAACCUCUGGCACUCUGCUGCCAUCCAACUCAGGUUACACUCCAACUGAUGGCCAUCCUCAAUCGAUGGAUUUAAUCAAUAGUCGCAUCGAUAAUUUAUCAAGGCAACUAGAACAAUUGGAGUAUCGGAUGGUGCGGGAUAUCGGGCAAAUCUUGGCCCUUCUUCAACAGCAGAGUCCACAACGCAGAGGACCUAUUACGACGGAAGGGAGUUCAACCACUCUUGAUCCACUAGUCAGCUCACAACAACCGAAAACGUCAGACACUGAACGCAAUAAAAUCAAUUUUAUGGAAACGCGAAACUCAUGUAGCUUGCCGACCGUGGCAGAAUCACGAGCCGAAUCGCGUGUCGAUUCCCCGCAAACUGCCAAGGGUCUUUCCACUCAACGAAGUCUGGAUUCAGCUAGCAAACCUGCAGGAGAGAGUAAUUUGGGUCGUACACGGAAAACCGCGUUCCGAACUCAGUGGCAUCCGUCGCAAGCCAGAUCACUCACUUAUGAUCCGUCCACUCAGACAUUUGCUGAACCUGACCGGAGUGAAUCAGUCAGCAUGGAGCCUAGCUCGGUGGUCCGGUGGUCCGGCGCUUCGACGACGGUGUCGACAUCACGCCCGACGUCUUCAGGUUCUUCUUCAGCAGUUCCUGGUCCAAAAUCGCCAAGUGGAGGGGGUAGCAGUUGCUGGGGAGACGUUGAAAUUGUCGCCCAGGCUCCACUGGCUCGGCUCGAAUCUUCUGAAGAAAUCGUGUUCCCAAGUGUCGUUUGAUAGGGGCAUAUACUCACUCCUCACCGAUUGCCCCUACAUCAACGAUAUUUUUCACCGCAUCUCACAUCGGUGGCCUCACUUUGGCAUUUCCAGUGGCACGAUCACGAUACACUUUCCUUGUAUUUCGUCACAUUUCUUCCUCUCUUGUUUCACUCUCUUUUUUCUCCCUCACAUCAAGUCUUUAUCUACCAUAUAACUCAUAUAGACGGGUGCUGUACAGAAUGACAGGACGAGUCCAGCGGAUGUGAAGAAAGUUCGAAUUUCUGCUGAUCGACAAAAAAAUCUUGAACGGGGUUGGACGGAACGUCGACGCGCAAUGUGUCUCAAAUAGUCACAAUAAUGCCAACUUUGGGCUUUUCGUUCACUGAGCUAUAUUAUAUAGUUGCCCCAAUCACACGUUGUCAAUUGCGAAUAAUCGAAUGUAAGGUCGGAGUCAACGGAACACGUGAACACUCUCCUUUUGCGAGUUCUGUUGCUAAGUCCUCUAAAACUGGAACUCUCAUUCGAGCUCUCAUUUCCCCUCUUCAGACAUAUGAUCUUUUGUCGAUUUUUCCUUUUGCCACUAUUCCGCAUAAGCCCUAUCGUGGUAGAGCACGCAGCCUAACAGCUUUGAUCUAGAUUGGCCUGCCUGUAUUGGCUAUUGGCCUGAGAUAGCCUAAAAUAUCGCCUAUAUUGCAAAGAAGGAAAACUAAAACUACAAGAUUUGAAAUUUGUCCUUUUUUGUAACUUUCAGUGAAAGCACCUGUUUUCGCAUCGAAUAACUUUCAUUAAAAGAAAUUUUGUGAACCAUCUCGUUUUGUAAUGACAAAUACUUACCAAUGCGCGAUUGAAAGGUUUGAUAAAAGCCUCUCUGUUGCAAAUAGAUGGGGGGGGGGAGGGGUUAAACUAAUUCACAAUUUUUUUCGAUCUAGGUCCCUAAUAAGAGUUUUCAAACUUUUGUCUGAUGAAAUGAGUGGAUGAAAGGACGCGGCUUUCGCCGAAUUUCUUCUUUUACAGUUUAACUCUCUUUCAAUCAUGAUACUAUACUAUUACGGAAAAUUAGAGUCUACACAGAAGAUCGUGGUGAUAUAAUAUGUAGGCCGAACAAAACAAACACGUGUCCAUGCAACUAUUCCCGCGUAAUAUGCCCCAGAAUAAGAAAUUUACUUGCUGAAUUAAGUUGUUUUGAAGAUAUCUGUGAACUGGUUGGUCACUGCAAAAAGCGGUCGCGUAAGAGAUUCAUAUGAAUAUCAUAGUGAUUUCAUUUUGAUGAUUCAUUUUCAUUCUUAUAAAUAUGUUGAGCUAAUGGGUUUUUUUUUACCUCAACUUCGACUGUUAUUCUGUAUUUUGAAUGUUCUGUAUGAUAUCUAUUCAUACCUUCCUGUUUAAUCAUGCCCAUCUUUUUCUCUUUAUUCUUAAAUGAAUUACGAUCGAAUUCGGCGACCAGAAAUAUACAUUUUCUGAUUGUUCAA